CGCUCUCAGGUUUCUCUCUAUUUUGUGCAGGAUCGAUCCAAGAUGGCCGUGAUAGUCGCGUAAACGCGGAGAGGACUUCUUCGUUUGAUCGUCGAGAAAGCAAAAUUAUACGACAUAUAUAUUUCGAACCGGUACUGACGACGAAACCAACAGUUUCUCGAAUCUCGGGAAGUGAUCGCGAUUGUAUGUCGUGAGUCAGAAUGACCGAGGAGGCGCAGCAGUCCGAAAGUGCUGCGCAGAACGACAGCUGUUCCGUGCAGAACGACACGCAGGCCAAUUCGGACGUCGGGAAAACCAAAGAUAACAAGAAAGAGAAAUGUCGUCCCAUAACAAAGGUGGUGAUCAGAAGACUGCCUCCAACGAUGACUCAGGAUCAAUUCUUAGAGCAAGUUUCUCCACUGCCGGAACACGAUUACAUGUACUUCGUCAAAGCAGACAUGUCCCUGGGCCAGUUUGCGUUUUGUCGCGCCUACAUCAAUUUCACGGAGCAACAAGAUAUCUUUAUGUUUCGGGAGAAAUUUGACAACUAUGUCUUCGUGGAUUCUAAAGGCGUGGAAUAUUCUGCAGUGGUGGAAUUUGCGCCAUUUCAAAGAUUACCAAAGAAACGAGUGGGCAAGAAAAAGGACGCCAAAUGUGGCACCAUCGAGAGCGACUCUUAUUACCUAAGCUUCUUGGAGAAUUUAAAAAAUCAGGAGCUUGAUACAAGUGUAGCCCAAUCGAAAACUGAGUAUUCUUACCAACCACCUGACAAUACGGUGAAGAAGAUCACGACGACUCCACUGCUCGAGUAUUUGAAAUUUCGUAAGCAGGAGAAACAACGUCUUAGAGAUGAAAAACGUGAGGAAAGGCGACGAAGGGAUAUAGAAAGACGAAGGACCAAAGACGAUCCUGUUAUUUCUAAGGUUCUAAGGAAUCCAGAGUUGGAUAAAGAAUCGAGCAAAGACGAUAAAGAGAAUAAAGAGGAGAGAGAUAAGCUUUCGCCGAAGGAACUGAAAAAUAGAAAUAAACGAGACGAGAAGAUAAGAGAGAAAUCGACGCGAGAUCGAGAAAUCAAGCCUAUCAUUAAGGGAUACAGGGAGCGCGUUGAAGAUAGGAAUAAGGAAAGAGAGAUCAAGCAACGGCGAUACGAUGAGAAAAAGCCUUACGGAAGACGCGAUGAAAGAGAGGAGAGGAGGGUCGAUCUCCGAGAUGACAGGAGGUAUGAGAUGAAGGAAGAGUUUAGAGAGCCCAGAGACAAAAAGGUAGAGGAAAGACGGGGAAAAAGUUACGAGAAAAUGAGACAAGAGAAGAAAAAGUUGGCAGAAACGAAGAAACAGAUCGCCGAUGCCAACGGGGACGAUUCGAAUCCGAAGAAAGCGAAAGAGGAACACGAUAUCGUACAAGAGGGGGAAAAUGAAAAUGGCAUAGAGUCUGUGUUUAACGGAGACGAUUUGAGGCAUGCUAAAGACAACGAAUGCGAGCUGCAUAUUGCCGAGGAUGGGAUAACAAUGGACGCGGUACAGAGUUGCCAGGAUAGUGUAGAAGAAGGGAAUGGUUCGGUCAAUGCAGAUGUCAACGACGAGGACGAUUCCGAAGAUAAAGAAUCGAAGGUUGUAAAGAGGCGUAAUUCCCUCGAGAGUAGCGGCGAAGGCGGUGCGGGUGAUGGCAAUUGCUUACGGCGUCACAAAUCGUUAGACGGAGGAGGCCAAAGUAACCUCCAGAAGAACGAUAACGAGGAGAAAGAGAAAGAUAAGAAAGAUCCACGAUUAGAGCGUAGGAUACGAAAUAAGGAUCGUCCGGCGAUGGAGAUUUACAGACCUGGCAUGGGCAAGUUUAGCAAGCAGCGGUUGGAACGCGAAAAGUCCAAUGACGAACGGGCGUCCCCGUCGCAGAGCCCCACGCCGAAUUCCAGCGUUUCCUCCACCGCCGGCAAGCCUGGAAAAGUCGGCGCGACGGAAGUACGCUCGAUGACGUUCAAGCGUAGCGUUACUCGUGACGCGACAUAACAGAACUGAAGAUGAGAAUCCGUUAUGUUGCGUAACGAGUAGCGCUUCUUAUCAUUUGAACAUGCUCCACCGACAGAUUCGCGGAUGACGCUUUGACUUCUGCGCACGGCAGAUUUAUUUAACCAUGUAUAAUAUAGUUUUUCUCGUCAUACAUAAAACAUAUCGCCAUUCUUGACAUAUGUUAAAAUAAUGAUUCUUUACGCGUACAUUAGAUAAGUAUUUCACAUACAGUCUGAUUAUAUCAUAUGUUUCUCGCGCGGGUUUCUUUUUUUAGACGUAAUUUUAUUACUGUAAUGUUAAAAAAAAUUAAUAAAUAUGCAUAAUGCAGUCUUUUGUUAUAAUGUAUCUAGAACAA